AUGAGCGGGUACUUCACAGAUCUCCAAAAUGCGGAGGUUUUGCGAGCAGCUGAAUCGAUAGUAAGCUCUGGACAGGCUGUGCUUCUAUGUGGCCCUUCAGCCUCUGGCCGAACAGCUCUGCUGUCACAUCUUGCAUCUAAGCUUGGCGCAAAGCCACCCAUCCCCCUACACCUUACUACUGCGCAAGAUACCCGUGACCUAAUUGGAUCUUAUGUUAUGACAAACAAACCGGGGGAUUUUCGCUUUAUUCUUGGCCCCCUUGCUUAUGCCGCUCAAUCAGGCCGCUGGAUUAGUAUAGAGGAGAUCACAACCAUUUCACAAGACUCCUUACUUCUCCUUUCAUCUGUUGUUAACACCAGGACACUUUCUGUAGGAUCAUACCAGAUUUCUGUGCAUCCAGACUUCAGGAUUCACGCCAAGACCAGUGCUGACCCAGCUCUCCUCAGCACGAUCGUUAAAAGCAUGUUUUAUCCCCUUGUUCUGCCUCCUCUUGGCAACCACUUAUUUCAAGUGCUUACAAAGCAUUGCAACAGGGGUAUUUGUACCAUAUUGGCACACAUUCACGUCCAGUUUGAAACGCACAGGUUAACAGCAGGGCGGAUUUCAGCCAGCGAUAUGGUCAAAUGGGCUCGGAGAAUCGACCUUGAUCUCAAAAACGGGGGUGCUGUGUUGAACAAGGCCGUCCAAGAGGCCUCGGCAGGCACUGCUGCCACGACUCUAGUAUCAUGGCUUGACGAUAAUACGCGUAUGGUUAUGAUUAAGAAUGCAUGGGAGGCGUUUGUCCUUAGGUACUCCAAGGAGCAGACCCGGAGGGCCUUUCUUGAUAUACUCCGACUCUCUCUCAAUAUCCACGAGGAAUUGAUGCUAUCAACGCUACUGAAAAUAAAAGUCGAUAUUCGCCACGACUAUACGCAGAAGCGACUUGUCUGUGGGCGCGUAUCUCUUCCUUUCUAUGAAUCUCCAGACGAGCGCUCUCUUGAUGAUAUCUGUAGAACAAACCACACGACAAGAUUGCUAGAAAUCAUAUCAUCUGCUAUUAGAAACAACGAGCCUCUCCUACUGGUGGGGCCCACCGGAAUAGGCAAGACCACGUGUCUGCAAGUCAUAGCGCGAGCCUUGGGAAAGAAGCUACACGUUGUCAACAUGUCGAGUCAAACAGAUGCAGCAGACCUUCUAGGAGGCUAUGUGCCCGCCACCUUGGAUCGCAUCUUGAGGAACCUCUAUGAUGCCAUCACAGGCAGUCUUGGGCUCUACAUUUCUGUCAGAAAAAACCAGAUCUUUGUUACGGAGCUUCACAAGUCAUACGCAGAAAAGGAUAUAGCAAAAUUCCUAGCUAACUGUGAAACCGCGUUAUCCGGAAUGAGACAAGUUCUCAGAAAGGAGGUCGGGGAGGUGGUGGAACAGGGCUCUACUGAACAGCGAGUGUCACACGAUAAAAAAUAUGCCAGAAGAGGUACAUAUGAGAACUCUCUCUAUUUUCUGCAGUCUCUGGGAGAUACCCUAGAGCAGGCAACUGAAUUGCACAAGAUCCUCUGUCACGAGGUAGAAACUAAGAAGCCGACCAUGGCCUUUAAGUACCAAGAAGGUCUCCUUGUGCAGGCGCUCGUGAAAGGCGACUGGAUUCUUAUAGAUGAGAUCAAUCUUGCGAGCUACGAUCUGCUUGAUGUGAUCUCUCAGCUGGUCAAUCCUGAGCACAACGAGAUUGCAAUCCCAGACAAAGGAUUUGUAGCAAAGAACCCUCACUUCAGAGUCUUUGCAGCCAUGAAUCCGGGGAGCGAUGUGGGGAAGAAGGACCUGCCACCGACCAUUCGCCGUUGCUUUACAGAAAUAAACGUUAGCGAAAUGUCUGAUGACGUGGACAUUGUUGCUCUUACCAAGUCGUAUCUGCGAAUGGAUGAUGCAAUGAUAGAGGAUCGUCAGGGUCUCGACCCUAAUGUCGUUUAUCAGCUUUUCACCGUGCUGAAGGCCAGGGCGAAGACAGAUCUGGUCACCGCCGCCGAGGCCAAGUCUCCUUGCUUCAGUCUACGUUCUCUGUGCCGCGCUCUCAGCUUUGCGCAUCGAUUCCGUGCAGCUGCAGGACUUCGCCGCUCCAUGUACGAAGGAUUCAUGCUAGCAUUUGGAUCAAUGCUCAAUGAAAAGAGUAGACAAGCAGUGCAUGCGUUGAUUCUUGAUAAGCUACUUAAUGGAAACAAAGAAUACCUGCUAAAUCCAUUCAUCAUACAACCAUUUAAUAAGCCAUGCACCGCUAUGAUCUUCCAAGCCACCACAAAGGACGAAGCCGUCACCGUGGAAUAUCAAGAGCCACAGGCUGCUCACGGGUUUCUUGAGGAAGAGAAAUCCCGGGCUCGAAGCACUGACUAUGUGCUGACAAAAUCAACCAGAUCAUACAUGACGACAAUCUCUAGGGCCAUCGCUGCCCAACUUCCAAUCCUUCUGGAAGGUACGACAUCGUCGGGGAAGACAAGCCUCAUCAAGCACAUUGCCAAGCAGUUUGGCUGUCCCAUUACGCGCAUUAAUAACCAUGAACAUACAGACCUCUCGGAGUACUUUGGGUCCUACCAGCCAGAUCCGCUGACGGGUCAGCUUGUUUUCAAAGAUGGGCCUCUCGUGACUGGGAUGAAGCAGGGUCACUGGGUCAUUCUGGACGAACUUAACAUGGCGUCUUCGGAGAUUCUUGAGGCCCUUAACAGGCUUCUAGAUGACAAUAGGGAGCUUUUGGUUCCUGACACACAGGAGAUCGUUCGGCCUGCCCCUGGCUUUCUCUUAUUUGCAACUCAAAAUCCAUCCGGAUCAUAUGCGGGGCGAAAGAUGUUGUCUGAAGCCUUUCAGAAUCGCUUUAUCAUGAUAGAGUUUGCUGAUAUAUCAACAGAGGAGCUGAAAGAGAUCCUAAUCAAUAGAAGUACAAGCCGUCACCUUGCUCCCCAAUAUUGUGAGAAGUUGAUCACCACUAUCCAGGCUAUAAAGAUGCAACUGAGCCACAGAAAUAACAAUGCAGUCAUGACUAACGCGCUCAUCACCUUGCGUGACCUCUUCCGGGUUGCUGAUCGUCUGCCUCGCACGCUUACUGAGCUUGCAAUGGGGAUUUUUGAAUUGAUCGGUGAGCGACAGCGUGACCCAGCAGACAAACAACUGGUAGCAGAGAUCAUCGCCAAAAACCUGGGGCUCAAAACAUUCUCGGUUUCGGCAGCGGAGCAAGAGUACGCCAUUCGAGUGCGACCAAUUCAAAGUAUGAUUGAGAAGGCUCUCAAGGCGGGCGCUGAUAGUCCCAAGUCGGCCUUCUUGUUGAAAUUUCAGGACAUCGUGUGGACUCCGAGCAUGAUCAGGCUUUUCGCCCUCUUGUUCACCUCCGUUUCCAAUGGGGAAUCGCCACUGCUUGUUGGAGUGAGUGGAGCGGGCAAAACGACAUCCGUGGAGCUGAUUGCAGCCAUCAUGGCCCAGCAAUUAGUGCAGGUCAAUCUUCAUAAGCAUACAGAAAGUGCAGACUUCAUAGGAAGCCUGCGUCCAUUGCGUUCUCGUGAGUCUAUGCAUGCCCAUCUCUCAGUUCUAAAGGAGUAUGCAGCCACAACUACAAAUGUAGAUAAAGCUGUCUAUGCCGAGAUAAAGCGCCUUGAGACAACGCUUGGGACUAAGCUAUUUGAAUGGGAAGAUGGGCCGAUACUGAAUUGUAUGAAGCGUGGCCACAUUUUGUUACUAGAUGAGGUCUCACUGGCUGACGAGUCUGUCCUCGAACGACUCAACUCAGUCUUGGAGACAUCUCGCGAGCUCACUGUUGCUGAGAACCCAAACAUGCCUCGGCCAGUGAUUGCUCACACCGGGUUCAAGCUUAUUGCGACGAUGAACCCUGCAGGAGAUUAUGGGAAGAAGGAGCUUAGCCCUGCAAUGCGAUCCCGUCUUACUGAGUUUUGGAUGCCGCAUAUUCGAGACAUCAAUGAGGUUAGAAUGAUUUUAACAAGGAAGCUGCAGAAGACUGCCAUCUAUCGCUUAGGGCACCAACAAGGUCUUGAUGUGGUCUCACUCUUGGCGGACUUCUUUGCAGAGAUGGAUAGAAUAACACAAAGCGGCAGACUAGGAGAUGUGUUUACUCUCAGUAUUCGAGAUAUCCUGGCAGUUUGUGAUUACAUUACAGAGGUGCAGACGAAGGAGGGUACUGAACUGGGGCAGAUGCUCAUCGAUGCCGUCACGUUAUCUAUCUUAGAUGGGCUCCCGGUUCGCACACAGCUGGGAAAUAUGCCCGCUUGUCGUGAAGUUAAACACGAAAUGGUUCUCUACCUUGCCAACCGCAUUCUUUCCGCAAACCUGACAGACAUCGAUUUGAUCCAAGACCUAACAGUUAGCAUUUCCAAAGACACCAACGAAUUGACGUUUCUUCAAGCCUCUACACAAACCGUUUUGGCUACAAUCCCUCCUGGUCCGCAAUACAACCAUGCAAAGGCCCUUCGAAAGAUGACAUCGUUUAGGCUAGACGCUCCCACAACCAUUAAGAACGCGUGCAGAAUCGCCAAGGCGCUUCGGUUUCAGAGGCCGAUUCUCUUGGAGGGCGAUCCAGGCGUGGGAAAGUCCGCUCUAGUAUCUGCCAUUGCGGAAAUCUGCGGGUAUUCACUAGUCAGAAUUAAUCUUUCAGAACAGACAGACCUCUCCGACCUUUUAGGGUCUGAUUUGCCUGCAGAGAAUGGCUUUCGCUGGGUAGAUGGUGUCUUGUUGAAGGCCGUUAAAGAAGGCGCCUUUAUUCUUCUAGACGAGCUCAACCUGGCCAAUCAGACCGUCCUGGAAGGUCUCAAUUCACUUCUUGAUCACCGCAGAAGCCUGUUCAUUCCAGAGUUGAUGCUCUCCGUCAAAUCUCCGGAUACCCUUCGGAUCUUUGGCACCCAGAACCCUCGCUCGCAGGGUAGUGGUCGCAAGGGUCUUCCGCAAUCCUUCAUCAACCGAUUUCUUAACGUGUACGUAGAUGUAUUAAAGAGUCAGGACUAUGACUGGAUCUUGAGCAACCUUUUCACCGAUAUCCCCACAUACGUACUUGACUACAUUCUCGGGUCCACUAAACAGCUUCGAGCAGGUUUGGAAGAGCUGAAAUUCGGCAUAUCUGGCGGCCCGUGGGAGCUAAAUGUUCGCGACAUGAUGCGGCUCUGUGACAUGUUGACUACAACCCCUGGCCUCGCACAAGGCAUCACCCUGGCUCAUGCCAAGCACUAUGCACAUAUUCUAUUUGGAUAUCGCUUUCGGACCGCUGAUGAUGAUGCGUACGUCCAAAAUGUGCUAUUUUCUCCACACUCUCUUGACAGCGUUGCAGAAGCCACACAGUCACACCACUGGUACUCACUACGACCUCUUUGGAACGUCACAGAAGACGUUGUGAAAAUUGGCUCUCUUGCUAUACCACGCAUUGACCCUGUGUUUAGAGACGUUUUAGGGACGAAGCUGUCUUAUGCACACACCUCGUGUUUCCUUACAGCACAGCUAGUUGCUUUAGAGGCACUGGCAGUAGCAGUGACACAGAACCUGAGCUGCAUUUUGGUUGGAUCUCCUGAGUCUGGGAAGAGUAGCAUUCUACGGACUCUUGCAGAUGUUGUAAGACAGCCACUGGUCCACAUUUCAGCAAGCACAGCAACAGAUGUCUCAGAUUUGAUUGGUGCCUACGAACAAGUCGAUGUUUUGUAUGACUUGAAGAGUGUCAUUAGAGAUUUGUGUCUUUUCGUUCACUCACUGCCCAUAAAGGCUUCUUACUCUGCUAUCUCCUUCUCUGAAUUCCUAAAAGACCUCACCGCCUCUCUCGAUAGAGAGAUUGGGGACGGAUUGGGGUCCAAGAGCCGUGCGAUAUCAAUGGAAUCAAUCGUUUCAGAGGUUGUACAGAAGCUUCUUCUGGAAUUCAUGGCUAAGUUUUCUCCGGAUCUCGACUCUGGUGGACUAGCAGCCAAGAACUUUUCCCUUUUCUGUUCAGAGAUACUCACUCAAGACACAACACCUGUGGACGAACGCUUUUCACCUCACAUGCCAACAAUCCCCGAACUAUGCAAGAGCAUGGCAUCCCUCUAUUUGUCCACUCAGCAGAGCCAGACAGGGCGCUUUGUGUGGAGGGACUCAGAGUUGAUUCGGGCACUUGAGCGUGGUUACUGGGUAGAGCUGACAAACGCAAAUUUCUGUAUGCCUUCUGUUCUCGAUAGACUCAAUUCUCUUUUAGAGCGUGGAGGUGGUCUAGAAAUACUAGAGCAAGGACUUGAGGAAACACGCUCCAUUAAAGUGCACCCAAAUUUUCGGCUCUUUAUCAGCUACGCGCCCACAAGUGACAUUUCUCGUGCACUCAGAAAUCGCUCGCUAGAACUGUCAAUAGACAUUCAGGUUUCUCAUUACAAUCUGCUUGAUAUUGUGCGUUGUGUCUACACGAGCUCAACUGCCAGUGGUGUCUCGCUAGAUCCGUACUUGAUAAAGCUCGUCUCACUGGUCUACUUUGAGCUUUCCAGAGAUAACCCGGAGAUUGUUGGCCUGGGGCUUCUCUUCAAAUGGCUUAAGCUUCUUGUAACUUACCACAAGCGAUUUUCCACGUCGGUUGGCGACCCCAAAGCAGUGUCCUCUUGGGUGGACCGCAGCUUCAGCUCUGUGUUCAUAGCAUCGACUCUGAACGCUGACCUCCAUCGACAGUAUAUGCAGGUGUACCAGAACGCACGCCUGGCACUACAGGGAGAUGGAAGCCUAGAGGCGUGUACUUUAGUUGAAGCUGCAGCUGUAUUGAAUCAGUUAACCUUGGGUGCCGUUAGAAAGCUCAGUAUAAGCAAUUCACUACAACAUAGCUUGGCUUUGCUCGAGCUGCGUACUACCGUCAAACCACUUGAUCAGCUUGUCUCUCUUGCUGAUCAAGAACCCCAGAUCAUGGAACCCUUCUCUCAAGUUAGUGGAUGGCUAGCAAUAUGUGUAGGUCAUUCACUUGAUUUCCAACACCACAAGGAGCUAGUCUCCAAUUUGCUUACUAGCACAGAUAUAAAUCCAAUGUAUCUGCUAACUCCGCCCGAGCCUUCAAGCCAGGCGUUGCUGAAGUACAUAUCACAAGGCUAUCUUGAUAUGUACUCAAGUCCCGAUUCGAUUAUCCACCAAGUUAUUAAGUACGUCUCUUUAUGCAGUCCUUUUUACGCCUCAAUUCUCAAGCUUUUUAUUGAGGGAAAGUUCACAACAAAAGAUUCUUAUCUACUAUUAUAUUUGAUAGAACUGUCUCAACAUCUAGCGACUGACCCCAAUAACUACGAUUAUGUAGCCCUUUUCUUCUCCUUGUUUGAGCUUCUCAUAUCUCAUUCCAUAGACCCAUCAACGAAGACAUACUCUCUCGGCCAACGUCAAGUCAUGAGGACGUUCUUUGACAUGAUCUUGACAGAUCAGUACUUCGAAUCGAUGCCGAGGCUUCUUUCAGGAUACAUUAGGUCUUUGUUCAUUUCUGCGGCACGAAACGAUCUAGAGACUGCCUGGCUCGCUGUCCGCAAGAACUUAGCGCUGGCGCGCAUUUCAGUCCACUACCUUCCAGAGUUAUUUAAAGUGUUUAGAUACGUAAUUGAACGACUGAAUCUUUGCAUCUCUCCAGAGGGCGUUGUGUUCCUUCAAGAAGGACUAUCGGACAGCAUUACAGCAAGUCUCUGGAAGGACAUCUUGGCGACCGUCAUAUAUAUGGCAUGUAGGGCAGAUGACCAAACUGGUGAUUAUGUCCCAAAGCUUGCAAUCCUGCAAGACUCGGCAAACCGCAUCGAUCUUUGCGCAUCGAAGCUCUCUGGCAAUCAGCACCCGACAGCUCGUGCCUUAGCUCAGAUGCAAUCGCUUUUCUUGCUAUUUACAGGAAAAGCCUUUUGCAUGCAGGUGUCGGACACUCUCGAGGGUUGGUCGCAGAGAGAUUUGACGACACAACUACCGAUUCUCCUCUUCAGAUCCAUGAGCUUCUAUCAUAGAAACGCUGCGGGGCCAAUUACAUACCUUAGGGGCCCAAUCUUUGUCAGCACCGGGGAGUUCGUAACAAGCUCUCUGUCUGUUCCCGCUCUUCUGACUAAUGCUAUUGAAGAGCAGGCAACCUCAGUUCUCAAAUCUCUCUUGUGCAGAAGUGAGGACUUUCUGUCGUAUGUCGGUAACGUCAUCAACUCCAUUACAACGAUUGUGCUGCGGCUAUUCUUCGCAGCCCUUGAGCGUGAAGCACCAUCGUGUGACUUUACUGACGGCUCUUUCCAACUCUUCGCUCUCAUUCUAGAAACAAUAGUUCACUCCAGCAACCCCCUUCUAGCGUCUCUCACUCAAGGAGUUGAAGAUAUUCUCAAAGCUAUCAUAUCUGUGCAGCUUUCUCCAAGUCCUCUUCUUUUGUCUGGACUUGUUCUUACUGUUGCAUCGCUAGUCCUCUACUUGCUCACGUCUAUAGCUAAUCAACGUGAUCCGAUAGUUAUGACCAAGCAUAGAGAAGUCCUCUACAGACGUCUGGCCAAACUGAUUGCGACUUCCAUCGAAGAUUCUAAGCUGCACGCCUUGUUCGUGUUUGGAGACGGCGCGCUGUCUGAGAGCUCCUCGAUAUACAAAGAGCUAUCGACACUUUACAAUUCUUAUGCCGAAGCAGCUGAUCAGUAUGCAGCUGAGCUGCUUGUGAGAGCAGAUGACGAAGAUAAUACAUUCUUUGAAGAUCUGUCGUCUCAAUUAGCCAGUUUGGAUGGCUUUGAGGUACAUGUGUUGACUUUUGUUUCUGGGGUAUUGAAUUUGGAGAAGGUCCUCCAAAUGCACGAGAGCACGGAGUGCAUUGAGGCUAUCCUUGAUGGACUUGCUGUAGCCGAACGCCAAAUAUCAACCACUCUAGCUGCUCUUCUCCCCAGACUCAUAAACUAUACCGUUGAGAGCAGCUACUAUCUCGAUAUGACCAUUCCCAUAGCCUCUUUUCUAAUGUGUCUUAGGGUAGGGCUUUCUGCCGUUAUUUCCUCCGUGUAUGCCCAUGUUUGUGAUGCGAUAAACGCGGCCCGAAGGCUAUCAAGCGAAGGCAUUGGACUGCAGAUAACCCUCCAGGAUUUGCUUCUUCUUAUCCAGCGGGUCGUCGUCGGUACUGGAGAUGAGUUUCUCGACCUUUUGUGCUAUGACAAGUUCAUACGUUCAUGCUGUUCUUCCAAGACCGUUUCUACUCUUCACGUAGCCCGCUUAUUCACACUCUCACUUCUGCAAUACUCUUCAUGUUCCAAGGGAGUUCAAGGUGACGUAUCGCAGUUUCUUCUGGCUGAUACGUUGAGGCCUGAGCGUGUGUCAUCUAUUGCCGCCCAAUUUGAAAUUGAGGAAGCCAGAAGUUAUCGGAAAUAUAUAGCAGACCAUAGCAUCUUUAAAACACGCAAUCAGUCUUCGACGGCCGAGGGAGUCAGUGAAGAGGAUGAGCUGAAAACGCAAAUUGCUGCUCUGUUCCCAAAGAAUGAUAGUCACUUCAUUAAAUCUGAUACAUCCUCAGACGAUGAACAACCAAUCAGCAUGUCUGCUCAGACGAAGGUUGAUUACGAUGAUGCAUACGCCACUAGCUUCUUCACACGCAUGAAUAUGAUCCUGAUUAUCGGGAACUGUAUCUUGCAUCUAUAUACAUCAGACACAGAGGCCCUCCCUAUACAAGAACGUCUCCAGAACCUCUCGUCUAUCCUUCAGGCCCAUGUUCCUCAUCUAUCUCGCCCCUUAGUGGCCCUGCAAGCGGUUACAUAUGCACUGUCUAUCUGCGCCGGAGGUGUGUCAUCUAAUUUAUCUAUUAGGUCUCCGCUGACACCAGAGACAGACAGACUUAUGUAUCCACUAGUGACAGGGGCUACCAUGGGUCUAGUACGUGUGCUCAGCUCUCGAAGCCCCAAUGUUGAUUAUGCAAAGCUCCAAACAGGUAAAACACGACGCGCAAUUCAUUGCGAGGACAUCUAUAGCCGCCCCUAUCCUUACGAAACUGCGGAGUUUUGCUCCACUUUGCUUCGGAAGAUCAUUGUUCGGACGCAGCAUCUCCUCACAGAGUGGCCAGAUAAUGUGCAGCUCCUAGACAUCAUGCAUGUUUGCGACAAGCUCAUGGAGCUCCCUGUUUUAGAAGCGCCACUUGUCAUGUUUCUCACUGGGGCAGAGGUGCUUGUACGUCACUUGGAAACAUGGGACAAGGGGGCACCUGCCGUCUAUAAAUACGUAACGAAUCCGAACGUCCCUGUUCCAGAAAGCCUUACUAAGUCGUUAAUUCAUCUAAUGGUGACGUGGAGGCGCGUUGAGCUGAUGUCUUGGAACGGAUUCUUUUCUCGCGUGCAUACACAGUUCUCGAACGUGUCUCUCACGUAUUGGCCAGAGCUCCUAAUAGCGAGCCUAACGUACCAACGAUCAGUGACUCAGGGAGAACCAUCUACUGAAGCCUAUUAUGCGCAGAUGCGCGAAUUUCUCUACGAAUCUAAUGUAGGGGAGUUUCCAGUUCGUUUGAAACUACUGUACACACUUUCAGCUCUACUAAGCAAUAUCGAGGAACUUGCGGAGCCAGAAUUAGUUAGCUCACCCCAUAAGACGAUGACAUCUGCUGUGCUGUUUUCUAUUGCAUCCGAAGCAGUGGAAUUUGCUAAGUACAUGAACAAAGAGUUCGAAGAGGAGGCUGCGCAGAUCAAGAAGCGCUUUGAGGACCAGAUUCGCAUCUUUGAGUGGAACGAGCGCUCGUCUUACACGUCGUGGCUCACUGCACAAAAUUCCCACCGUCUUUGCACUAAGAUAAUUAGAGAAUAUACAGAGGUUCUCCAGCAUGCUACUCGUGCUUUUCAUAUGGGGUAUAGCGCAACGUAUGAUCGAAUACCAUUGUCUGUUACAGUCCAGGAGUAUCUUCCUUUGAGCUCUGAGUCUGGGAUGCUACCUCCUGCGCUCUCACAGGAACUUGUGGAACGCCUCAACUAUUGCGUUGAGCAGAUGUGUCAUGGACGCAAAGAAUCCGAAACACUCAAGAGAAAUGAAAAGAAUAGGCUUUUAAGUGAUGUACUGGAUGUUCUUAAGGAGACGCUAGGCUGUGUUCUGUCCUCCGGUUUCGCCUUCAAGCAAUCGUUCGGCUGGAAACUUGCUCAUCUUUGUCUACCGAGUGUUCAUUCAACAUUUGAGCUUAUGCAUAUGUUUCACGAUUCUCUAUGUCAGCGGUGUAAUGAAGUUGAGCCCCAUGAUAUUGAGCGGAUGAAGAGAAUAAUCGCCUGUCUGAACCAGGUUUUCGUGCAACUAUCCGAGCUAGUUGUGGAGCUGGCAGAUAUCGAAUUGCUAUCUAGAGUAAUGAGAACAGCCCCAACUGGUUCAUCCAAGUCUCAGGCUGAUAGCGUGCUUUAUGUCUACUUGGCUGACAACUCUGUUCCUCAGCUUUUAACUACUCAGGUUAUGUCUCACGUGACAAAGGCGCAUAAGAUGUGCAUGUCUUUACAGGAAUUUCUCAUUGGGCUACCUCUCGAUAGUUGCAAGUCAUCUCCUACUAAGCUCCAUGAGCAAAUAGGCGGGUUUCUUGAGCGCUUCUCUGCUGAUUCUGUAACGGCUCUCAAUCGCAUAAAGAUAUUUUCUAAGUUCUCUGCGCUCAUAAAGCGCCUGUGCUCUAUCACGCUUAUUCCAUUGGCAUUCUUUGAAGAAGCAAAGGCUAUUCUGCAGCAAAUCUUGGCUGAUCUUUCUCCUAUCUUUUCAGCAUUAAUAGCCGUCUUGCCAACUGCACCUAUAUCGACAUUUGUCACAGAACAUGCAAAGUACCUUGCUCAGGUCACAGAGGUUAUCGACACUCUCACGGAACAGCUUGCGCAAUGUAGGGUAGAGGAGGCGGCUACUGUAUCGUCGAUAGAAUGGCCAUAUUUUGCCCUGCCGUUUGCUUCAGUUGGCGAGGAAGGUCUUUCAGUUGAGAUUAUUGUAGAUAACGCAAAGAAACAAGUAUCUGCGUAUAUGACUGCCUUUUUCACUUCGACACUUCAACCUAUUUUACAAUGCGCUACCCGUCACGUUGUAUCUCUGCCUGUGCUGCCUCAGAAACUGCUGUGUCAAAUAGAAACCUUGAAGGGCGAUAUGCAAGCGCUCGCUGAUGUCCUAGCGAAAUUUAUUGGGCCCCUCAUAUCUGGCGCCAUAGCUCUUCUCCGUACUGGAUUUCACUGUCACGUAGAUGAUGACCAAAAGGAAACCGACAAUGACAACCAAUCUGGCCUUGGACUCGGCGACGGAACAGGAGAUCAGAACGUUUCUAAGGAAGCGGCAAAGGAGCUGUGCGAGGAUGAUCUGAUGGGCAAUCAGAAUGACCGUGAUCAACAAGAACAGCAAGAGAAGGACGGAGACGAUGAAGCCAUAGAGAUGCAGAAUGAUUUUGGAGGCAUGUCAGAGUCGUUGCAUCAUGACAUUGAGGAAGAAGACUCUAACGGCUCAGAUGAGGAGGAAGUGCUCGAAAAGGAGAUGGGAGAUGAGCAAGGUGAGGCCAUAGACGAGCGCAACUAUAACGAGGAUGAUGACAGUGCCGAAGAAUAUUCGGAUGAACAGAAGAAGAAUACCAACAACAAUAAUGAUACCAUGGAGUUAGCUGCUCAAGAGAAAGACCAGGAUAGUAUUAACAGCGAGCUGAGCGAUCCAUCUGGCGAGCAACAUGAAGAACAGGCGGAUGCCACAGGCAGUACCGAUGAGCAGGCGCAGGAAGACGAUUAUAAUGACCUCGAUGACAAGAAUCUGUCAGGACAGUCAGACCUCAGCGUACCAGAAGCCGAUGGAGAGGACGAAACAGUCAAUGAGGAGCUUGAGGAAGAGCAACAACAAAUGAGCGAUCUCAGCAACCCUGACCAAGAUGCGUGUGCUAUCGAAGAAGAUGAUGACCGAGACUUGCCCAGUUCUGAUGAAAACGCAGAGGAGCAUGAUGAGCAUGAAGCCCCUGUGGACAUUGAUGACAAUGAGGCCAGUGAUGAGCAAAGCACCUAUAACGAUAACGAUCGUGACGAUGCAAUUAACAUCAGUGCCCAACAACAAGCGACCAAUGAUGAAGAAGAAAUGCAGAAAGAUACAGAGUAUGACCAGGAAAAUAUCACAGAUAGUAAUCCAGAUGCCAACGAAGUAGGUACGAAUGAUCAGAAGCAGACCCAUGAAGAUAACGAUCAGUUCAGGCAAGAAAAUAUAGAGGAUCAGUGGGAAGCAGAGAGUACGGAAAACAGUCAAGGCGAAGGAGCGGAGAGUGCAGAUUUGAAGGAGGGCAAUCCAGAUAUGAGCCUAGAAGAGUUCCAGAGAAUUUGGAAGGAGCGCUUAAACAUCCACGACAGGGAAAGUGAGAAAGAUGAGGCUGCAGAGCCUCAGGACAUGCCUCUUCAAUCGAAUAAGACCGUUGAGUUUGACGACAGUAAGAGCGGCCGCGAUGGUGCCCUGGGACUUACCGAAUCAAAACACAGGAAUCUCACCAACCAAGAGUUUGAUAAUCCAAAUGAGGAGAGGAACGUUGAGCACAACAGCUCGUGCGAAACAAGCCAAUCUUCGCAUGAUCGGCCGCCAGCAGAGCACUUGAACCCUGAAAUAUCCGAUGAAGGAGAAGAAAGCAGUACUGCAUCUGAUAAGCAAGAACAAGCCGUGCUUUCUCACAUGCGCGAAUCGUCAAAGGACUUGCUCAACCCUGAAGGCGAGGUAUACCAAGAGCUUGCCGUGUCAUUGGCCUCUGAAGAGACUAAGCGGGCCCCUGAAGAUGUGGCAGCUGCCAGUGCAAGAGGAAACCAUCUUCUUCUUGAUUUGAUUAAGCAGACGUCUGCAGCGGCCUUCUCCCUGGCCGAACGACUGCGCAUCAUCCUUGAGCCAACGGUUACUUCAGACCUCAAAGGUGAUUUCCGCACAGGAAAGAAACUGAAUUUGAGAAGGAUCAUCCCGUUCAUUGCCUCAGAAUUUCAGAAGGACAAGAUUUGGCUUAGAAGGACGAAGCCAAGCAAGAGAGUCUACCAGGUACUCCUUGCCGUCGACGAUUCCAGCUCAAUGGCACCUAUUGCUAAGUAUGCCCUCCAGGCUAUCACGCUCCUCUUCAAUGCCUGCAAAUUCCUAGAGGUUGGCCAGCUUAGCGUCUUUUCUUUUGGACAGAAGUUUGAGCUCCUUCUUCCGAUAACUGAUCAGUACAACGAUGCAUCUCUUGCGUAUGCAAUCGGGUCAUUCACAUUUGCACAGAAUGAGACAAGGGUUUCGGACGCGAUUAGCAUCGCCUCUGAUUAUCUGGAUAGUGUCCGUUUCUUCAAGGGUAGUGAUAGUGCAUUGCAGCUACUUCUUAUGAUCUCUGACGGAAGACUUAAAGAGAAGGGUGGAGUGGCCCGCGAGAUUAGAAAGUGCAUGGGUAGGGGUCAGCUGCCGGUGCUGAUUGUUCUGGACACAGAUAAGAAGAGUAUUAUGGACAUCAAAAGCGUAAGUUUUAUCACAGAUUCCUCCGGCAAACGCGUAGCACAGACGUCUAUGUAUCUCGACGAUUUUCCGUUCCAGUGCUAUGCUCUCCUCAGACACAUUGAAGACCUUCCAGAGACCCUUGUCGCCGUCAUCAAACGGUGGAUAGAAUCUGUAUCCGUUUACAAUGCUGUGUAA